GUUAUACCUAAUCGAAGGAGAACAAACUCCAACACAGUAGAUGGCAGUGAUGCGCGAACUAACUGUUGGGCUUUCCAAAGCAAUGCUGUAGCCACAAACUGAUGUUUGCGGAAGCGAGAGCUGUUGGCUAGGCUAUAUAGCCAAGUAAUAUUUGUAUUAGGCGAUACUCUUUUGAUAUUCUUCGAAAAUGGCCCACAAAAGUGAAGAUUUAUUUGACUGUAUUCUCAUGGCGGACGACAGGUUCCAUGUAGAGGGGUACCGUGAGGGGUUCGGUGAAGGCACGCGACAAGGAAUGAUUGAUGGUCGGAAACAUGGGGCAUCACAUGGUGCCAAGCUUUCAAUGGAGGUUUCCUUCUAUUAUGGAUUUGGAAUCACUUGGAAAUGCCUUCUUCAAAACAACACAGACGUGAAAGCCAGAAAAAGGCUGAAAGUUUUGGAAUCUCUACUUGGGUUGAUUCAGAAGUUCCCCCAUGAAGAACCUCAAUAUGAACAUCUCCAGGAAGACAUGGAGAAGGUUCGGGCCAAGUUUAGACAGGUCUGCUCUCUGUUAAAUGUGCCAACAGACUUCAGUGAUUAUGUGAAGUCUGGAGGGUCUGGAGGAAUAUCCUUCUGAAGGGAACUGGCAACUAAAGCCCACGGCUUGAGGAUCUGAAGGGGGUUCCUUGAAUGCAACCUUUCCUGUGAAGCAUUGUGGCUUUGAAGACAAGAUAGGAGAGUUGAGGAGGAGGAACCUGCAGGUGGGCCUGCCCUUAUGUAAACAGGAGGUCCUGAAUUGGUCUGUAGUGUAGUUAACUGACUUUUAAUGGUGGAGCAUAAAGUAUGCUAUCAGUUGGUAUUAUGAAGAAUUGGUGUUUUCGAAAGACAAGGGUUAGCAUAUCAAUUGGUGGGGCAUCAGUCUAGUUUUGAAAUAUGGAGUGCUACUGAGAACACAAAGUGAACAGGAAGUGCUACAUAGGCCUAACUGGUGCUCUAUAGUCCUUGAUGUUUACUGCUUUGUCUGGGUGGUAAGAGAGAGCUGAGUUGCAUCAUAUUAUUUUGUAAUUCUAAUGAUUCUAGAUAAAUGAGUGAUUUUCUUUUUUUUUAAUCUACACUUUGAAGAAAAAAAAAGGUUCCAAAUGUAACCAAUAAGGAGUCUAUAGCUUGCUUUAUAUAUACCCCUAAAGGUUCUAUACAGGACCCCAAUGAACACUUUCUAAUAGUGUAGGUCAAUUUUGAGUGACCUGGUUGAGAAUGAGUGAUUGCUUAAACUACUGGUUGAUGUGAAAUAAUAAUAAUAUUAAUAAUAAUAAAAAGCUAUUUAUUUCAA